GGUCUCUUUUGCUCACUGUGACAGCAAAGGGUCACAGUAGAAACCACAAGCUGGGACUUACCAGGUGGCCUCUGAUCUUCCUCUCUUCUUUUCAUCACCUUUCCUCUCUUUUGUCUUCUCAUUUUUCCUAGGAAGAGGCAAUUUCACUGGCAGCUUCUUGGACAGCUCUGAGACAACAUAUUUCUGAGGAGGCGAGCUCUUGGCUGUAAUAUUUCAUUGCAGUCAUGGCACCUAAGAAGAAGAACGUGAAGAAGAACAAAGCAGCAGAUAUCAGUGAAAUGACUAUCAUUGUGGAAGAUGGCCCCCUCAGUAAACUAAAUGGCUUGAAUGGACUCUUAGAUGGAGGCAAUGGUUUCAGCUGCGUCUCAUCUGAAGUUUCUGACCCGUCAUAUAGCCCAAAUCUCUUGGAAGGUCUAAGCAGAAUGAGACUAGAAAAUUUUCUUUGUGACUUGACUAUCAGUACCAAAACCAAAUCUUUCAAUGUUCAUAAGGUGGUGAUGGCUUCAAUCAGUGACUACUUUCACAACAUCUUAAAGAAAGAUCCAUCCACUCAAAGAGUAGACCUCAAUGAUGUAUCCCCAUUGGGUCUAGCUACUGUUAUCACCUAUGCUUACACUGGAAAGCUCACUCUCUCACUUUAUACAAUAGGUAGUAUUAUUUCCACCGCGAUUUAUCUUCAGAUUCACACCCUUGUAAAGAUGUGCUGUGAUUUUCUAACCCAAGAAAUCAGUGUUGAGAAUUGUAUGUAUAUUGCCAAUAUUGCAGAAACGUACGGACUAAAAACAACCAAGGAAGCUGCACACAAAUUUAUUAGAGACAACUUCAUUGAAUUUUCAGAAACAGAUCAGUUCUUAAAACUCACUUUUGAUCAGAUUAAUGAACUUCUUGCAGAUGAUGACUUGCAGUUGCCUUCUGAAAUUGUUGCAUUCCAGAUUGCAAUAAAAUGGCUGGAAUUUGACCAAAAAAGAGUAAAGUUUGCUGCUGAUCUCUUAGGUAACAUUCGUUUUGGUACUAUCUCAGCUCAAGACCUCGUCAAUUAUGUCCAAACUGUUCCGAGAAUGAUGCAAGAUGCAGAUUGCCAUAAACUCCUGGUAGAUGCCAUGAACUAUCAUUUGCUUCCCUAUCAUCAGAAUACACUUCAGUCUAGAAGAACAAGGAUUCGUGGAGGAUUCAGAGUGUUAGUUACUGUUGGUGGACGCCCUGCUUUAACAGAAAAGUCUCUUAGCAGAGACAUCUUGUACAGAGAUCCUGAAAAUGGAUGGAAGAAGCUUAGUGAAAUGCCCGCUAAAAGUUUUAACCAGUGCGUGACGGUGAUGGAUGGGUUUCUCUACGUGGCCGGUGGGGAAGACCAGAAUGAUGCCAGGAACCAAGCCAAGCAUGCAGUCAGCAACUUCUGCAGAUACGAUCCUCGUUUCAACACCUGGAUUCACCUGGCAAAUAUGAAUCAGAAGCGCACCCACUUCAGCCUGAAUGUAUUCAAUGGCCUCCUUUUUGCAGUGGGUGGUCGCAACUUGGAGGGUUGUCUCUCCUCGAUGGAGUGCUACGUGCCUGCAACUAAUCAGUGGCAGAUGAAGGCACCCCUGGAGGUGCCCAGGUGCUGCCAUGCCAGUGCUGUGGUGGAUGGUAGGAUCCUGGUCACGGGAGGUUACAUUAAUAAUGCUUACUCUCGUUCAGUGUGCAUGUAUGACCCCAGCAAUGAUAGCUGGCAAGAUAAGUCCAGUCUUAGCACCCCACGAGGGUGGCACUGUGCCGUGUCCCUGCUGGAGAGGGUCUAUGUCAUGGGUGGGUCUCAACUGGGGGGGAGAGGGGAAAGGGUCGACGUUCUCCCUGUGGAGUGUUACAGCCCUUACACAGGGCAGUGGAGUUAUGUGGCACCCCUUCAAACUGGAGUUAGCACAGCCGGUGCUUCGAUGCUGGAUGGGAAAAUUUACUUAGUGGGGGGCUGGAAUGAGAUAGAGAAAAAAUAUAAGAAGUGCAUUCAGUGCUAUAACCCAGAUCUCAAUGAGUGGACGGAGGAAGACGAGCUGCCUGAAGCCACUGUGGGAGUAUCCUGUUGUACUAUAUCCAUGCCCAACACCAAGACAAGGGAGUCCAGAGCAAGCUCAGUCUCUUCUGUACCAGUCAGUAUUUAAAUACUGGUCAAACCAGCAACCAGUACAAAUGUUUACCAGCAUAGCAGUAUAAUUAACCCUUUAAGUAGCAUUUAUGAGCUUAUACAGAAAAAACAACAACAACAAUUGGCUUUGCAACAGGAUCAACGCUGCAAAUUUGCCAGUUUUCAUGACCUUUAAGACCUUUUGUGACCUUGUGAAACAACCUAUUAGGGAAAAGAUGAAUUUUCUUAGCAGGAAGAGAGUUAAGCCAUAACUGCAGAGGGAAUUUCAUUCUGUUCCUGACUUUGCCACUGACUCACUGUGUUAUCUGUGGCAAAUCCUUUACUUUCUUUGUGCCUCGGUUUCCUUACCUGUAAAAUAGAGAUAAAUUUGCUUCAGAAGACUGUUGUGAGGCUUUUUUUAAUACUGAAUUUUAAAUGCUUUCUGAACUCAACAUGAAAGUCAAACAUUGGUAGUGAUAAAUCUCAACAGAAAUUAGAAGUGUGCCAUGUCAACAUAAAAUUGGUCAGUUUUGUUAUUUUUUAAGCUUUUUGUAUUUUGAGAAACAAAAAAAAAAAAAGAAAGAAAAAAAGAAAAAAGAAAGAAAAAAACCAAAAAACCUGCCUAUAGCAUCUGCAUACUUUACUUUUUGGAGCAGAGAUAUACACAGAAAAUUUUUCAAAACUUUUUCUCCUUCAGAAGCUGGUAAGAGAUCCCUAUCUUCUGCAUGAGAGCCUUUCAUUCUCUUAUCUGAUGCUGUAACAUGGAUUUUAAGACCGGAAUCCAUGAAAUAUGUUAGCUUCUGUAGGCAUUAUGUCCAGCUCCGAGGUCUUCCUUGGGUGCUAUGUUGCUUUCCUGGCCUCCAUGUCUACACCAUGGAGUACACAACCUCCUCCUCCUCCUCAUGCCAGGGAGACUCUCCCGUUGCUCCAGACGGAAGACAUGAAGGCCAUCCAGCGUGUUUCCUCCUGCCCCUACUCUCCCCCACCUUUGUAGAAAUGUACCUCUGGGUUGUCUUCCCCUCUGAGAAGGCCCGUGCCCAUGCGAAGCCAGGAGGUGCCACAACAGGGACAAAGUCUGGAAACUGAGUUCAUGCCAGGAGGCAACGAGGGCUAAAUGGUAUCUCAGGGUGGAGAAAGUGCAUGGAGCGUCUCUCCUACUCUGUACUGUUCUGAAAAAGAAAAAUUCCCUGUGAGGUGAUGAACAAAGAUUAAACGAAGACUGCAGGAUCUGAUUUUAAGCAUAGGAUAUAUGUGUGGAAAGGCAUGAAUCAUGGGAAACUAGAUGAAAUCAAAGAGACUUAAUAGUAACAAAGAGAGAUCUUAACACUUUUCUUACCAGGUGUAGGCACAACAUCACACAAACUAACAUUUUUCUUGACAUACCAUGAAGAAUCUCCUUUUGAAUUCUUUGCUAGAGCCCCGGUUAUGUUCUGGGGAGCUCUCAGUCACGUUCUCCCAGGGCUAGACUAAUGCUGUGCUUGUUGAAGCCUGUGGAGUUUCACCAGUGAGUGAAGUCUCUGCUUAACUCAGAUUAAUUUCCAAGAACUCUUUUUUUUUCCUAAUCUCAGCAGUCAGUGGAGGAAUUAAGUAUGAUACCUAAUCCUAUUCAUGUAGUCAAAGGGAUAUGCAGCUCACAGUCCCCAGAGGAUUUGAUUCUGAAGGACUGCUGUCAGUAUGACAUGUCUACAUCCUUCUGUUUGAGAAGGAAAGAAGCAAAACUAGAUAAUAAAAUGAUUUAAUAUAACCAAAAGGGUAACAAUUCCCUUAACAGAUAUGGUAAUUUAUCUCAUUUGCAAAAGAGAAAUGCUGUAAAAUUGUCUAUGUACAGACUUUGCUGAGACAAGCAUUUAAAGGACUCUCCUACUCAGUGCUUUGUAGCUUUGUUACAACUCCUUACUGAGCAUGACACAGUUUUUAUUAGAGAUGAAGUAAUUCACGCUGUCCUUUGUGAUUACACUGAAUGGUAUUUGGUCCUAUUUUCCAGUUCUAACUCGGAAUUCACAUCUGCAUCCUGACUUUUAAUUUAAAUUUAAAUCCCAAAUUCAGCAUCUGAGUACUGCUUGCUAUUAGAAUACACUGCAUCUCAGUGACCUGUAAUCAGAGUGCCAGUCAGUUUGUUUUGGUUAAUUUGAUUUGCAUAUAGUUAUCCUUUACCUUGUCUAAUCCAAAUGAGUAGCAAUUCAUACCCAGUCACAGAACAAAAGAUGGAAUUGUGUAACAGAGUAGGGUUUCUGUGUUUUAAAUACAAAAACACUGUUCCUGCCCUCUCCAGUCAAAAACAUUCUCAUGGGUGAGAGCAACAUUUCUCCUUUCUCAAAGUCAUGAUCAUGUUUUCCAUAUGAAAAUAUUUAAGAUGCUAUUUGAAAAAUCCUUCUGCUCCAAUAGUUUUUGCCAAAUUACGCUAUAACUGUAGUUGCUUAUCCAUCCAGAUCAAGGAAGAAACAAAUUCACUUAUAUCUGUGUAUAUAUGCUAGUUAUUUAGUGCUUCCAGGGUACCCACUGAGAAGGUAUUUAAGAAUUGAAUAAAUAAUCUUUUGGCCUCAGAUAAAUAUGGGAUAAAAUUCUGUCAUAUAAGCAUCUCUUUUUUCCCUUUAGGAAUUCAGGUCCCACAUGAUACUAGUAGUCAGAUGUUGCUGCAUGCUUUCCUCCUUCGCGAACCAACACUUUCUAUACUUCAAUACCAAUCUUCUGUUUUUGGAUAUAAAUUUAUUUGUGAAUGAUGGGCUAAGUGCAAUGAAACUACUCUCGUACUACUUAAAGGGUUAAAAACACUGGGGGCCAAAUCCUUUUCAUCUUACUCACACAAAAAAAAAAGUUCCACUGACUUCACUGGGACUACUGAAUAAGAUGUAGAGGAUUUAAAACUCUUGGCCAAAUUCUGGCAGAACAAUACGUAUGGAUGCCUGCAAAACUAUCAUACCCAGAGGGAAGAUUGACCUCUCAGCCCUCACCGCCCUUGGCCACAGAAAGUCUAUAAGGAAGUGUCCUAGGACAGGAGUCAAGCACCGCUGGCCAUGUGUUUCUUCCAUUGCACAAACUAGGUACACACUAUAGGCAAAAAAUCUUAGGUAGAUCAAUAAAAGGCAUUGUUAUCAUUAUGGCACUUCAGAGUGGCUUUGUAUUUUCAUUACUUUCUGUAAACAUCUGUUUAGGUUUCAACUGCACAUUGAGCCAGGAUUUGGCCCUUAAUAUGUGACAAUAUCAGCUGAACUUAAUAUUUUUGUGAUCAUACCAAUGUACUGAGCUAAUUGUGACAUUUUUAUGUAUGAUCUCAUUUUGUUAGAACUGCAAAAAGUGGUUUGUAUGUUAUGUGUUAUGGGACGGUGUUUUCUCAUUGUUCAGUACCAUAUUUUCAAUCUCCAAAUAUUUAAUAAGAAAACCUCAGUUGAACUUGAAUUAUUGUGUAUCCCAGAAAGAAAAUGUUAAAAGCAGUUUAGGAAGUACUGUAUGCAAUGAUAUUAAGUACAGUAGAACUUCCAACCAUAUUAGACACGGGUUGCUAAAAUGCUACAAGGGUCUUUAACGCUAUAGUAAUAUUGAAAGAAAUAAUAAUGUUGUCUUCAAAGUUCCUUAUGCCCAUGCAUAUAUAGUCUACAACAUCCAUGAUUCCAAGGAAUUGAAAUCUGAAAAUGAUCUCUCUUCAGUCUGUGAGUUAAACAAUUUGAUAACAUUUAGUUUUCUUGUUUAAUAGUGUUUGUAUAGAUGCAUGGGAGAGUGUGUUGUAAGGUUGUGAGUGAGGAGCUUACUGUUGGAAAGUGGUGCUGAAAGGGAGAUUUUGUGCAUAGUUCUUAACCACGAUGAGACCGUGACCAUUCCUGAAGUUAACCUGUAAGAUCAUCUAUGGAUGAGUCAAGAGUCCACUAAGCUUAGGUGCCAACUUCUAGCUGAUCAGAGAGGGGAGUAGUCAAAAUUAGCAUCAACCAAAACUACAAGGUGUUAAAAAGUGUUGUGUGUUGAGCUUUUUAAAUGGCAGUUCUUGCAGGAAAAAGUACGUGAUUAAUUAAAUGACUGAUGGCCAUCCUUUACAUUAUCCUUAAGCCUAGAUUCACUGAUCCUACAGCUUUAACUCUUUCAAAACCCAUGAUGGGUUUAGGGGGACUUUUUCCCUAGUAACAAAAAUGAGUUUCUAGCUGCAAAACCAGCAGUCAUAAAUACAGUUGUAUGAGCACGUAUCCCAUUUUGAAUACAGUGGGGCCUCUCUUAUAUACAUAUAUAUGUAUUAUGUAUAUUCUCAUGCUCUAAUGUUUGGAAAAGUAAAUUACAAGAACUAAAUGCAUGAGUACAUAAUAAUGAAUAUAUAUUAAAGGCCAACAUGGAGGUAUCAGAUCAGUGUUCAGUAUUACCUUUCAAAUACCUACAUUUACCGUACAUACAAAUGAAAUUUUUACAGACUAUAUUUCCCCAGUGAAAUCCUGUGUAGGCUUUGAGGUUUUCUGUGCAACACACAGGACUGGAGAUGCGAGAAGAUCCAGACAUUGGAAAGCAGAAGAUGGAGCCCCUUAGCACAGUCAGGAGAUUAAGAUUUUGAUGCCAUUUCUCAAGGAUGUUUGAGGAAUACAUGCUGGAAGGAAAUAUGUGCUUCAACACACACCUUUCCAUAAGCAGCCUUUGUGUUACAUAACUGAAAUUGGCCAACGUUUCUUAUGAAAGCCAAGUCUCAGUUUUCUAUUGACUCUAAUUUCCAUUCUCAGUUGAAUAGAAUUUUCAACUCACUGUAACCUGGGCUUACCCAAGCCAGGAAAUAUUUUUGGAGCUCUGAAUCUACCUGCCUGGAGAAUGCAGCUGAAGCCAAUAGUCCUUCAACAGUCUCCUGACAUUUUUGCAAUGAAUCUUCUCAUCCUUUUGCCAAAGAUCUGCUUUAUGCAAGUAAUCAAAAAUAUUUUCAUGAACAGAUUUGUACUCUGAUUCCUCCAUGCAGGAGGAGAAUCUCAUCCCUUUUUAUUUUCUACUUUUUUGUCCAUUGCUGAGUGAUUCCCUCACAAGCAACCAAAGCAGAUGCUUAUUGUGCACAGAUACAUACAGUUCAUAAAAGCUCAUCUGUGAAUCUAAUUUUAAAAAAAUCUCUUUGCUGGUGGCUGUGGUAAAGAAAAGGUCAUAUUCUGGAAUGCCUGCUGGGAAAAAAAAGGUGAACAAUGAGUCACAGGUACUCGUUUUUAAAAUGUGGCACUGCUAAGAGCUCUAUUCCCAGUAGUUCCCUAAAAGGCAAAGGAAAAUACAUGCGAUUCUGUAUAGUCUGAGUGAGAGAUUCAGAUAACAUCAGAUGAGGUUUGCCAUGCAAAAUACUAGUACGUUCAUUGGUUUCUCAAUGGAAAUUAAAUUUUCAGUAAAAAUAUAGACAGUAAACUUAGAAGGAAUGCAUCAUAAAUAUCGGUUGGUAAGAAUGGGCGCACACCCAUUGAGAUACACUGGGUGUUACUCUGGCUGCUGCCUUGGCAGUUUUGUUGUCAACAAGUUAAAAAGAUAAUUUAUUUGUGUAAAGCAUUUCCCUGGCUUGUAAGUGUUAGACAUACUGCUAUACAAAUAGGUUUUCUAAUUAUACACUGUAAGGAUGAACUGUGAUAACACGUGGGAACAUAUUUCAACAGAAAAAUCUAUACAUGUAAUGUGAGAAUGUUACUACUUAAAAAUUAAAAUUUGUGGUGCAGCAGUUGUUAAGUGGAAUAAAACAGCAUGUCAGUAUUUUUCAUUGUAUGCUUCAAAUAAAACUGUUGACACAUAGGACGAAUUA